AUGAAUAGCAAUGAACUAAUUUUCAAUAUGCUCUCACCAGAAUCAGGAAUAUAUUCUAACGAGCAAAUUCAUCGUAUUCGUCCCAUGAAAUUAAUAUAUCAUCUAACUGACGAUUCUAUAACCUUAAAUGAACCAGUCGUGCCUAACAGCGGUAUGCUGCAAGGAAGAUUAAUUACUCGGCAAAGAGUACCUAAAUCCGACAAUCAAAAAGGAAGAGAUUACCUUCACUGGUCGGAUUUGAAUGUCGGACAAGACGUACAGUUAUUUUCAAAAACCUAUCGACUAACAUCAUGCGAUCAGUUUACAAAGAAUUUCUUGGAAAAAAAUGGCAUAAAAUUAAACAAAGAAGAAGAAAUACCAAUUUCUGAUAACGCAAAUUUACCUGCGAACAUUUUUCUUCUCGCAUACUGGUUAGAUAAAUCGAACGAUUUCACUGGUAUUCGUCCGAAGCGAAUAUUUAAGAUGACAAUUUAUACGUUUGAUGAUACCGUAUCAUUAACUGAAAUUACGGGAACGAAUCGCAAUAAACAGUACUAUCGAAGUGAGGACUUUUAUCCUGGAGCAUGGGUCAAUGUCUUUUCCAGGCCAAUGUUCAUUUUUGAUUGCGUUGGUGAGGAAACUCGAAAAUUUAUGCAAAAUUUGCAUGGCACUAUAAGCUAUACAGAUUGUGAUAAGAUUCUCGAAAAGGGACCACCACCGGAUAAUACCGACAAUAUACCUCCAACGCUUAGAUUUAUCGCAAAAAUGGUAAAAUUUCUUUAA